UUAAAAACAAGGAUUAAAAAUUAUAAUGGCGUCGUCAGUUUGUCCGUGACAAGCCUAAUAACCAAAACAACAAUAAUAUUCGGGUAGUAUUAUCAAAAAAUAUGACAUGUAGAGUGUGAAAAAGCGAAAGAGAGAUCACGAAAAUGGCAACCGGACCGGAAUCUCAGUCGCCCGACGGCGCGUGGACCGAUUUUUGCGAGAGGCACGCCAUGGCUGCAGCCCAUGAUUUUUCGAAAAGUUGCGUUCAGUAUAUAAACAUGAGCUUGCCAGAGAGUUCGAAAUCUUUGGUGACUGCGAAGGAUUUACUGAAGAGAUUCUUCGAUUGCUUUACCGAGGAAUUUGAGAAGGAUUUUAAUAAAAGAAAACUCCAAAUCAACAAGGUUUCUAACGGAGUGUCUUCAGCUAGCGAAGACACUUUCGAAACUGAAGAGAGCUCCCCAAAAAUGCAACAUAAGCCGUUCUUUCGAAGGUUAAGUUUCAAGAUGCUGCGGAAAAGCAAAGAUCUGUUCCAUAAGCACUCAGACGACGAAUCCUCGUCAUCUUACAACAAAACCAAGCUUGCCAAAAUUGUAGUGGAGUGCAGGAAGGAGGGAAUAGUCAAUUAUUCCACACCAGAGUGCUUGGAUCAACCUUCAGGACCUCCCAAAUGGGAGAAAUGUAGGCUACAGCUGGUAAAGGCUACCGGCGGUUAUAUGCUCGAAUUUUACUCUCCACCUAAGAAUCCUAAGCCUCGAUGUGGGGUGUUUUGCGCGCUCAUUACUGAAGCCCGUGAGACGACGGCGUUAGAAAUGCCAGACCAUGAAAACACAUUUGUCUUAAAAGCCAGUAACAAUAUGGAGUUUGUUAUAGAAGCCCAUGACACAGAUGACAUGCGAUCAUGGCUUGCUACAAUAAGGUAUUGCAUGAGAUUAGGUCCUGGUGGUAACGAAUUGGGCGUGGCGAAUAACGAUUAUCAUUCCAACGCGCCGGACUUACCCCCGCGGCAUUUAUCGGGCAGGGGCGGAGAUAGGCUGUCUUCCAGUUCAAACUUUGAUAUUUGUCCAAAUAAUGGCGACGCGGUCGCCGCAGAACUCGACAUCGGGCAGACUUUGAAAAAGGAGUUAUGGUUCCACGGCACUUUGGGUAGGUCGGAGGCCGCGCAGCAGGUUCUGCACGACGGCGCAGUCGGUCACGGUCGGUUUUUGAUCAGACAGAGCGAGACGAGGACCGGAGAGUUUGUUCUUACUUUUAACUUCCAGGGUCGGGCCAAGCAUCUGCGCAUGACGAUCAACGACCAAGGUCACUGUCGCGUCCAACACUACUGGUUCCAGUCGAUCUACGAGAUGCUCGAGCAUUUCCGAUCACAGCCGAUCCCGCUCGAGAGCGGCGGCAACUCAGACGUAAAACUUACCGACUUCAUAUUGAACCCUACGGCGCGUCAGCAGCUGAGCCGAGGCACUUCAUCGCCGAACGCGACGCUGGCGGCCACCGCGGCGGCGCCGGAACCCCAGCCUGGCGCCUCGACGGCGGUCAACGGCGUCGUCGACGUCGUCGGCAGACGGCAGAUACCGGCGCCGGACGCGAGACAAGUCCUGUCUCAUAAUGGGAGUGUGAGAACCCAGGACACUUCCAUUGAGCAGAUUCAAGCGGAAGCGUCGGGUCGGGCGGUCGAAAAUCAGUACAGCUUCGUUUAAAACUGAAGAUAUGAAAUAGAUUUUAAAGUAAAUUCCAAUUCUUGGUGAAUACCUAAAACCCGGUGACAAGGUGAUUCUUGUGUUUUUCCUAAAAAUACUUCUCAAGAAUCUGCUUUCACUUAAAAGUAAAAUUAGAUUGUUUCUGAAUGUUAAAUGUUUUAUCCCCUACACAGUAAUCAUUCUGGAAGUAACUCCAAUUCCUAAUCAACCUUAAAAGUAUUAUGGGAAAGUAUUGUUUUAUAAUGUGUUCCUAUUAUUAUAAUUAUUAUUUAUUGUCAUAUAACCUGCCAAAUGUACAAUUUUUUUAUAAAUUCUUAAUAUAUCUUGUG